AAAACCAAAUCUCAAGCUCUCGAUUCAGGCUCUCUCUCUUUCUGAAAACCAUUCAUAUCAAUGGCCAAAGAUGGGAAGCUAACAAAGCUCAAGUCAGUGCUGAAGAAGUGGAACUCCUUUAGCAAGCAGAACAGCCGCCACAGCCUCAACUCUGUGGUCUCUGCCGCAGAUGAAGAUUACUCCACCGACGGAAUAAUUUCAGGAGAUCUCCGCCCCGUCUAUGUGGGCAAGUCUAGAAGAUGUUACCUUGUGGCCUCCGACGUUGUAAACCACCCGCUUCUCAAGGAGAUGGCCAACAGGUCAGACCACAACACGAUCAACAUCGCAUGCAAGGUGGUGCUGUUUGAGCACUUGUUGUGGAUGCUCGAGAAUGUCGAUCCACAGCCCAAGUCAAUGGACGAGUUAGUCGAGUUCUAUGCCUGCUGAGGGAAAUAUUUAGAAGUUAUGCCAUGUAUGUAUGUGCAUGGUGUGACUACGUCACUGAGGAAAAUAAUGA